AUGGAUAACUACCAGAAACUUGAGAAGAUUGGCGAAGGCACUUAUGGUGUCGUCUAUAAAGCCCGAGACUUGGCCCAUGGUGGCCGUAUCGUCGCAUUGAAGAAGAUUCGUCUCGAAUCUGAGGAUGAGGGUGUUCCUAGUACCGCCAUCCGAGAGAUCUCUCUGCUCAAGGAGAUGCGUGACCCCAACAUCGUCAGACUGUUUAACAUCGUCCAUGCCGAGGGCCACAAGCUCUACUUAGUCUUCGAGUUUCUCGACCUCGACCUGAAGAAGUACAUGGAGGCGCUUCCCGUCAGCGAUGGUGGUCGCGGUAAAGCUCUACCUGAAGGUUCGGGGCCCGAACUGGGACGUCUUGGACUGGGUAGUAGCAUGGUUCGCCGAUUUAUGACCCAGCUUUGCGAAGGAAUACGAUACUGCCAUAGCCACCGAAUUCUGCACCGAGAUCUCAAGCCGCAGAACUUGCUGAUUAACCGUGACGGGAACUUGAAGCUUGCCGAUUUUGGUCUGGCCCGCGCUUUUGGAGUGCCCCUUAGAACAUACACCCACGAGGUCGUUACGCUCUGGUACCGAGCUCCGGAGAUUCUGCUUGGUGGUCGACAGUACUCCACGGGUGUGGACAUGUGGUCCGUAGGCUGUAUCUUUGCAGAGAUGUGCACUAGGAAACCGUUAUUCCCCGGAGACUCGGAGAUCGACCAGAUUUUCAAGACCUUCCGCUUGUUGGGCACUCCUACUGAGGAGGUAUGGCCCGGAGUUACUUCUUACCCUGACUUCAAAGCUUCGUUCCCUAAAUGGAUACGUGACCAUUCGACGGUCCUGUGCUCGAACCUCGAUGACAACGGCCUCGAUCUUCUAGAAGCUCUGCUCGUAUACGAUCCCGCCGGCCGAAUUUCUGCUAAGCAAGCCUGCCACCACCCUUACUUCAAUGAUCUACCUCGCCAGCCGACCCGAUAUGGAAGUAAUGGACACGCUUAAGUUAUAUUUCGUCUUGUCGAAUGAACUAGGCACCUUACGACUCGUCUAAAGCAGAAUAUGCUUACUUAUACGGAGCAUCAGUAUUGCCUUUCAGGAUACGGCGACUCGGGCAUUAAUCAACGACAACAAUACUAUGUAACACUAUCAUCAGAUAUGUUCUUUAUCAGGAAUACUCCGUGUCUCCUAUGCCUUGAGCGGAUCUGUGGAGGAAGUAUCCUCUUCCUCGGAUUUCCCAUGUUUUCGCAACCUAUGCAGUCCAUGGACGAUGACUUUACAGGGCGUUGGGAGGAGGGACUCGGCAUUUGAGAGGAGUCAGGAAGGAAAGGGAACUAUGCAUAAGAAUGGCUUCUUUUUCCCCUAGGGGGUUAUGGAUACGGCGGCAUGAU